AUGAGUCAAGCAAACCCUGGCGACUCUGAAAUGAGAAUUCCCUCUUUGUUGGGUUCACGCACUUAUAAAGAUGCAAUAAAUGCUCUCAACUCACUACAAUCAAACUUUGCUUCGAUUGAAGCUAUGAAAAAAUUAGGUCCAAAUGUGAAUAGAAAUGAACUAUCUAUCGGUGAAGUGAAGGAGUUUACCAGAAGAAUGGGAUACACAGGUCUGGAUGUUGAUAGUUUGAAUAUCAUACAUGUCACCGGAACCAAGGGAAAAGGAUCAACUUGUGCAUUUACCGAAAGCAUAUUAAAACAAUAUCAACCUGGUUAUAUACACAAAUUAGGAUUGUACACUUCACCACAUUUGAAGUCUGUUCGUGAAAGAAUUAGAAUUAAUGGGAACCCAAUUGAUAAGGAUUUGUUUACAAAGUAUUUCUUUGAAGUUUGGGAUAAGUUGUCAGCAACAAAGUCCAAUCCUACAGAAUGGCCCACGUUACAACCAUGUGAUGUAGUGAAACCAAUGUAUUUCAAGUUUUUGACAAUUUUGUCAUAUCAUGUGUUUUUGAAAGAGAAUGUCGAUACAGCUAUUUAUGAGGUCGGUGUAGGCGGCACCUACGACUCAACAAAUAUAGUUGAAAAGCCAACGGUAACAGGUAUAAGUGCCUUGGGAAUAGAUCAUACAUUUAUGUUGGGAAACACAAUUGAAAGUAUAACUGAAAAUAAAACAGGAAUCUUUAAGAAAGGUGUCCCUGCUUUUGUUAGUGUACAAAAUGAAUACCCUCAUACACAUAAGUUGAUAGAACAUAGAGCUAAGGAACUUGGCGUGUCAUCUUUGGAGUUUGUUGAUACAGAUUUGCCAAUGGAUGUUGAAGUGGGACUAUUAGGGCAUUUCCAAAGAGGAAACGCUUCAUUAGCUGUUCGUUUGGCAAAUGCCCACCUCAAUUUCCUAGGUGUCGAAAAUCAAGUGGAGUUCACUAGUAGUGGAGCAAUAAAAUCUUUAUCUAAGAAAUUCAUUGAUGGAUUGAAACUAGUCAACUGGCCUGGUCGAUGUCAAAUCAUAAAACACAAACCAGAUAAUAUAAUAUGGUACAUUGAUGGUGCACACACUAUAGAGUCGAUCAAGGCAUCAUCAGCUUGGUUUAAAGAGGAACAACUUAACCAAACGCAGGCAAGGAAACGAGUUUUAUUGUUCAACCAACAAGGGAGAGAUAAUUAUGAAGAGUUGUUGACUCAAUUACACUCGGUGAUAUGUCAAAAUGACCCCAAUUUGCAAUUUGAUGAAGUCAUAUUUACCACGAAUAUAACAUGGUCAUCGGGUGACUAUAAUCCAGAGCUAUUAUCCAAAAAUACUUCAGAGGAUGCUGUCAAGAAAUUGGAGUUGCAGAAUAAAUUCAGUGAGUUAUGGGAGAAAUUAGACAAUGGGAAAUCAAAGAGGCACGUUUUCCCAGAUAUAGAGACCGCCCUUGAGUACUUGAAGAAAAAGAAUGAGAUAACUAAUGUAUUUGUUUGUGGUUCUUUGCAUUUAGUAGGUGGUUUUUUAGUUGUAUUGGAUGGUGAAAAGGAAUAG